AUGCCGGCUAAUGAUAAUUCUACUCUGCAGCCGCUUAGUGUCUUAUCAGCUCGAGCAGCAACGCAGGGUACCCGCCAGGACCACGAUAGCGCGGUGCGCAAAUUUGAAGCAUUUUUGAGGCUCGAGCACCGGUUCUCGUAUGAUGAUGGUAGUGAUGUGGAUGUGGAGAAUGUGGAGAAUGCUGGACACCUGAAGUAUUUGAGCUCCAUCCGGGUCGUGGUGGAAAGCUUCGUGCAUCGCAAGAGAAAGACCUUAAAAAAAGUGCCUCCUGGAACUGCACCAGCUAAUCGAGCUCCGAUGAUAACACCUGAGGAUCUCCGUAUCAUUCGAAACGCGCUAUUUGCCGAAAAAACUGUUCUAGCGAUAAAAACCAGGACGCUGGCGAACGUUCAGUGGUCUGUGAAGGGGAGAAUAUCCGAUAUAGUCGGCCUAGAUUUUGGUGACAUUCAAUGA